CCCUUUCCUAGGUCGCUCUAGCCCGCAUAGGGAACGGUGAGAUGUCAUGGCUUCCUUCUAGGCUGCGGGAAGAAGCGGAUGGCACCUCGUUUGUAGUGUAGUCCGCCAUGGAGGUGGCUCGUAAAGCACUGGUGGCAGUUGCCGUGCUAGGCGCGGGAGCUGGUGUGGGUUCUAUUCUGUUUGCUCUUGUGACCCCAGGAGAACUACAGAAGCAGUCGAUGCUGCAGGAGAUGCCGGAAAGGGACUUGCGGCGCAGGGACGAAGCGGUCAGGACCACGGAACUGGUGAUGGCUACCCUGAAGGACGCCGCAGCCACGAAGGAGAACGUGGCCUGGAGGAGAAACUGGACAGUUAGCGGGGAUGGCAGGUCAGCAUGACACCAGAGCUCGCCCGUGGUCACGGGAACCUGUAAGGCUCCUUUUUUGGUGCUCCGGACAUGGAGUCGGAAUUCAGGAGACACACCAGGACUCUCUAAAAGGAACUGGGAACUGCGGUUGGGGGAAUGCCUUUAAGGAGCACAUCGCGUGACAGGGUCGGAUGUGUGGAACCAACGGAACUAAUAAAUGCAGUUCAUCCA